UGCUUUCCUUGCCUGGAGAGACUAGAAACCGCCAAGCGUUCGUCUCCGUCCGUUGGACGUCCUGCUACGCUUUUUCUCAGCUCACCCUCUCACCUUCCCAUCGUAUCUCCAUCUCAGGAAAGGAAACCCUCGUCCCCAGACCUCCCACCGUCCCGCAAACUCUCUUCUUCGGCUCUCUCUUUCUCUCUCUCUUGCCUGAAAACAAGUAGAAAUGGAAGUCCAAGAAAGGAAGGUAGCAAAGAAGCCAUCCAAAUCCAAAUCCAAAUCCAAAUCAUCGAAGCACCAUCCUUCGUCCUCCUCCGAACCCCUCGAAACCAAAAACAAUUCCAAACCCAACCCAGAUCCAACAUCCCCGAAUCCAAACGGAGGCCCUCCACCCGCCCCGGCUGCCCGCAAAGACCCUAACCCUAACCCUAACCCGAACCCCAAAUCCUCCAAACCCCCCAAACCCACCCCCUCAUCCCCGAUCCUCCCCAAAUCCUCGAAGCCCCCCAAACCCGACGCAGUGAUGCCCGACGACCCCUCCUCCGACCCCGCCUCUCCCUCCCGCAAGAGCGACCGCAAACGCAAGGCCCGCGACUUCUCCGAUGAAGAGCCCUCUGGCAAGAGCUCCCAGGCUGGCCAGCGCCGGCUUGCCGACGACAACGCCGUCGCCCUCCUCCGCGCCGCCAUCGACUUCCGCUCCGGCACCGGCUCCAUCCCACUCCCCGCCAACAUGGGCAUCUUCUACGAGUUCGUCAAGGCCUCCCUCCCUACUCCCCUCAGUAAGGACCAGGUCUACAACAAGCUCCGCCACCUCCGCCGUAAGUUCCAGAAGUCCGGUCCCCCAGGCUCCGGCCCCAACGACGGCCUCGUCCACGGUCUAAGCACCGAAAUCUGGGGCCCUGUCGACAAGAAAGAUGAUAACAAGGAGGAAAAGAAGGUCAAAGAGGGUACUUCAGUGGCGGUCAUCAAGAAUGGGGAUGCGGCAAAGGUAGCCGCUGAGGAGGAGGAGGUGCAGCAGCAGCAGGGCGAUGGGGAGGAGCGGGGAGUUCAUGGGCUUGAUUCCUUGCCGUACGUGAGCAGUGCAGCGGCGGAGCACUGGAAGGAGAACGGUCUCUGGGGUGUGUCGUGGGAGGCAGGCUUGAAGCGGAUGGAUCCCUCCAAGGCGAGAGUUUUGGAGGAGAAGUGGAGGAGGCAGCUGGGCGACGAGAUGAAGCUCCAAAUGGAUUGGUCCAAGACAAACAGGGAGCUUCUAGCGUUGCUGAAUGAUGCAUACAAGGGUAUGAGUGCGUAGGUUGCCUUAAUUCUCCAAAAGAAGGGAACAUGGGCCUUUUUUUUUAGAUGAAUGAAUUGUAGUAGGUUUGUUACAAAUAUCGCAUUUUGGAGGUUUAGUUGGAAUUUUGUAUGAGUGGAUUAGAUAGUGCUAAUAUGGUUAACUAGGAUGGGUAGGUCUUGUUUACCCCUAUGUUAUUUUGUAGAUGCUGUUGUUGUUAUUAUUAUGUAAUUGAGCUCCUGAAAAAUCCUCUCUCAUGGCUUGAAUUCUCUAGUUUAAUUGGCUUUGUGGUGUCAUACUUAGUUCUGUCUUUUCUAUUCAAGGUAAUGCCUUUUUAUAUCUUGAAUACUAUUGAUAUAUAUCUCAUAACUCAUCCAAUGUGAAAUAUUCUUGCUGAGAGUA